AUUACAUUACUGUUUGUGUUGGUAAAGAAUCAACAACGUGGUGUGCUGGCCGGUAUUUUAUUUUGAAAGUCACGACCGGAUGAUCUUUGACGCUUCACGCGCAGACAGGGAGGCGGACGCGGCGGCGACAAUCGAGGAGGAAACUGCGCGGCUCGGCUCGGCUCGGCACGGCACGGCACGCCUGUAUGUCCCGCUGUCUGCCUGAACGUAAGCUAACCCCGCGCGCUCUCUUUCUCGGAUACAACCGACACGCACACGCGGAAAACAGCGGAGAGGGGGAAUACUAUGGCGACGUUGGGGCCGGAGUCGGCUCGUCCUCCCCUUUCCCAGCUCGGUUCUUCUCCGUCGAUCCAGUCUCACAUCGGCGGCGCCAGCCUGCCUCCCAACCGGGGCUUGGAGCGGGCGCUGGAGGAGGCGGCGGCCAGCGGCGUCCUCAACCUCAGCUCCCGAAAACUGAAGGAGUUUCCCCGGACAGCCGCCAACCACGACCUGUCGGACACGGUGGAAGCAGACCUGUCGAAGAACAGGCUGACCGACGUCCCCUCAGAGGUCUGCCACCUGGUCGCCUUGGAGACAAUAAACCUGUAUCACAACUGCAUCAGGACCAUCCCAGACAGCAUCAUCAGCCUGCAGUCACUCACCUCCUUAAAUCUCAGUCGUAACCAGCUGGGCUCUCUGCCGGCCUGUCUGUGCGGUUUACCUCUGAGAGUCCUCAACGCCAGCAACAACAAGCUGGUCAGCCUGCCGGAGACCAUCGGACAGCUGCACAGCCUCAUGGAGCUGGACAUCAGCUGCAAUGAGAUCACGGCUCUUCCUCGACACAUCGGCAGACUCAAAGCUUUGCGAGAACUAAAUGUACGCCGGAACCUUCUCUGCGUCCUGCCAGAAGACCUGGCUGACCUUCCUCUGGUGAAGUUUGACUUCUCCUGUAACAAAGUGUCGACCAUCCCGGUGUGUUACAGGAAGAUGAAACAGCUCCAGUCCCUCCAGUUAGAAAACAACCCACUGCAGAGUCCACCUGCACAGAUCUGUAUAAAGGGUAAAGUUCACAUAUUCAAGUAUCUGAGCAUCGAGGCGUGUCGCAGUGAGAAGAUGCCCGACUCUCUCUACCUGCCUGUCAUUGAGCGACUCAGCCUAUCACGGCCCACCACCGGCAGUGUGGAGGACAUGGAGCAGCAGAAGAAGCAAGACAGCGACUCAGGAGUCGGCAGCGACAACGGAGACAAGAGACUGUCUGCUACUGAGCCGUCAGAUGAAGACAGUCUGAGUCUCAACGUACCGAUGAGCCACAUCACGGAGGAGGAGGGAAUCAGUAAAGACGACUCGAGUGAACACCUCAGCUCCCUGACAGCAGACCCAAACUCCGACUCAGUCCGUCUGAUUGAGGAGAGCCCUACGGAAGCCCUGAGGGACCAGUUCAGCUACAGAGACUCUGCUCUCAGCACUCGCUUUGUCAACUACAUCAAGGGCCGGACAGCAGCAGACUUUGACGAGCCCCUCAGGAUAGAGGAAGACUCACUCUGGCCAACACAACAAAUGUCAAAGGUCACAGGGGGCACAGAGCUCCAUAUUGACAUGAUCAACCAGCUGAAGGAGGCUGUGGAGCUGCUGCAGGACCCCAGCAGAGUGAACACGGAGCAGGACGAUCUGUCUGGAGUCCAGCUCUACCCGGUGGAGAUGGUCACAGUGGAAGAGUCACUCAAUGGGCAGGACAGUGAUGAUGGCGUCACCACACCGAAGCGAGAUGACAGAUCUCCAGCCAGCGCACCUCUGUCCUUCUCCGGCCCGGUGUUUGGACUGAAGCCCCGUUCAGCCCCACCCUCGCUGCCCUGCUCGCCCCCUCCUUCCUGUCUCGCCCCCUCCCUCCUCUCACAGGCCUCACCCUUCCAUAGAGACACACCUCGUAGCCACGACGACGGAGGCAUUCACAGCCGCGUGUUCCUGCGGAGCCACAAGAGUCUGGAGUCUGUCGAUCCUCAGUUCACCAUGAGAAGAAAGAUGGAGCAGCUGCGAGAGGAACUGGAGCUCAUGGAGCAACUGCGAGACAGCAUCGAGAGCAGACUGAAGGUCGUCCUUCCUGAAGACCUCGGCUCGUCUCUGAUGGAUGGCGUCGUGCUCUGCCAUCUGGCAAAUCACAUUCGGCCGCGCUCUGUCGGCAGCAUCCACGUUCCCUCGCCUGCCGUGCCCAAACUCAGCAUGGCAAAGUGUCGGAGAAACGUGGAGAACUUCCUGGACGCCUGCAGAAAGAUUGGCGUACCAGAGGACAAACUGUGUCUUCCUCACCACAUCCUGGAGGAGAAAGGCCUGGUGAAGCUGGGCAUCACGGUCCAGGCUCUGGUGGACGAGGCCUCCUCCAAACACUCCCUCCUGACGUGAGCAGCGGGGACGGGCGGAGCUUCCACCGACUGACGCGUACAACAAACACACACCUGGAUCAAAACGCCGACCUGACGCUGCAGCGCGCCUCUGUGCUCAUUCUGCAUCCUUCUGUUGAGUGUUUUUAUUAGAUUUCAGGAUGCAAAAUGGUGUUAAGGGAACUAAAGCAGUCAGAAGUGGAUUUAUUUACUGAUUCGUGAGAGGGAACUUCUGGGUGGAUUAAGAAUUCAGUAUAUUGCCAAGCGGAAGAGUCCAAAUCCACCAGCGUUCGACUGGUUCCAGCUGGUUUCUCUCCAUAAAUGAUGUGGGGUUUUUAUUUUAUCAGUUUCAGGGAUGUGAGUGAAAAUUAACUCUGACUUCCUCCCAUUUCUUCAGGUAAACACACGAGAGACACAAACCGCCAACUGAAGGGCAUAAAUACAGAAAUUCUUACGCUGGUUGGUACCAAAAUUAAUGACGGAGUAUUAGAGCCGCUGAGAGAGAUUUGGGGAAAAGAAUUUCAUAAUUAUGAUAAUUAUGAAUAAUAAGUUAGAAUAUUAUUUUUAAAAAGUCUGAAUAUUGUGAGAAUAAAGUAGUAGUAUUUCAGGGUGUGGCUUUAUUCUUAUAAAAUUCUCAAAGUAUGAAUUUUGGCAUAAAUUUACAACUUUAUUCUAAAAAAUCGGGAGAUGUUUUUGCCUGUAACCGUGGCGCUAAUACUCUGCAGUACAAAAAUAGAUGCAGGGACAUUUUAAAAAAUCUGGUAUUUAAACGUAAAUUAGAUUCAGAGUCGGUGGAGCUGUUUAGCAUUCAAUCUGAACCCUUUAGUUUGCCCUAAUACUUCACCUGUUUCUGUCCCGCAGUCUCGAGCAAAAACUCUUAUAUGAUUAUAAAACCCGCCAGUUAUCGACCUACAGAUAACAGAUUUUGAGGUUUCAGGUGAAGUGUCACUGGACUGUGUGAGGAUUUGUUCUCAGUUCGGAGAAUAAAACCAAACUGCUUCGGUUUGAACGUAGAGGGAGAAAGCUUUUAACCCCGUCUGUGUUUAAACGUAUUUAUAAUAUAACGAGAAGCUGAGAUAAGGUGUUUAAAGAAAUAUCCCACAAAUAUUUUUCUCUAAUAUAUUUUAGGUAUAACUGUGUGUUUUCUAAAGGUUUUACUGACUUUCUGUGGAGCUUGUCCCUGAACCAGGUCUGAGUCUGUGAGCCUGCCACUGUGGGGACACUAAUCUGUUUAUCAAGCCUCUCUGAUGGAUUGAAACAAGUCCAGGUACAUUUUUAUUUGCUGUUUUCUCACCUUGAAUCCUCUCACACUUGUUGGUCAUCGGUGUUCACGGAGGGAAACGGGCCUGAAGGCAGUUUUAGGACAUUUUAAGUGAAACUUCCUCCGCAGUUUCUGUUCACGUUGGAUGUGGUUUAUGAGAUUCAGUUUGCUAAUGUGCCAAAACACACGUGGUGUUACUGAGAAGAGUCACAGAACAAAAGCAAAGCACACAUCGCUGUGUUUCAAGGCCAAAAUGUUAAUGUCAUCCGCUCCUCGCGUCAGCUUCCACACUGCGAGACUCUUGAUAAAUAUCAGAGUUGUGUAUUAGAUGUUUAGAUUUCAGGAGGCGGCGGGCGCAGGUCAGCGAGGAUGAGAUCUCACGCAGCUCCAGCAGUCUGGCAAAUUCUUAAAACAGUGAGUUUUUAAAAGCAGUCUGAUUGCUUUCUCGCCACAUCGCAGAGUAAAUUAGAAGUUCGUGUUGUGGCGAAAGGUUCCUCACGCCUGCUAACGGGUUUUUUUUAAACCGUCUGCGUGAGUUUGUUCAAACCUCCGGUUUGGUUUCGGUCGGAGCUGUUGCUGUUUGAGAUCAGAGCUUCUGUGACUCAGGGCGGGUUUGGGUUUACUACACUGUUGAUGCUUCAGUCCACAGCCUGCUAUGUCAGCUGUGUGUGUGUGUGUGUGUGUGUGUGUGAGUGGGAGUUGGCCUUUUGAAUUAUGUGGUAAUGCAGCUCUGGCACAAACCAAGACUUUAAAGGGGCAGUAAGUAAUUGUUGACCUUUUAUCGACCUCUGUUGGCAACUACAACCAAUCACAGCUUUCAGCACCGCUGACAUCAUCUUCUCCCGUUCAGCUGAGGGUGUUCGUUCAGGCUUCUUUUUUGUAAGCUGCAUUAAUGGAUUUUGACCACUAGGGGGCAGAAAAUGCUGCUUUGAAUGCGAGAAUGAUUAAACCAGAAACUGACUUUUAGUUUCAGUCACUUUGAGCAAGAACGCUUGUUGAUUCGUGACUAAAGAAAAACCUCAGUCCUCAGGAGGCUGAAACUAACGUAGCAGACGGGCUUUAGUGUCUUCAGCUCCAUUAGGACAGGAUUGAUAUUACACACACACACAUUAGUAUUAUUUAUCUGUAAUUUGAUUACAGAUAGUCCUUAAAUGUCUCUUUCUGAAUGUCUAUUAAGCUGAUUUUACAGCAAGAAAGAGGCUCGUUUCUGCGGCUUCACCAAGUGCAGUUUUAAUGCAAUUAAUUAAUUAAUAAAGCAUCAUCAGCUGCAGUCCGAUACAAACCGGUUCAACAUGAGCUCCAGCUCCACCAGCUGCAGCAGCAACAUCCUGCUUUACAUUAAUGCACGAGGAAUAAUAACCUGAUGAUAGAAUAUAUAACAGCACAGCAGCCACAGGGACGCUGCACUGCUUUAAUGCUUUAAGGAUCCUGAUCACACUCUCACACUUUCACUGCAGCAGAGUGUGUUACUGGAUGUGAGGUGAGAAAUCAGACUAACACACACAUAUACAUAUAUAAAAUCAAUAUUGAAGCCACCACAUCUCUCCUUGAGAAAUAAAUCCUUUUAAUAUUUUCCAGGAAACUGGACUGUUAAUGUAAAGAAUUAAAAUAUUUGGUUAACAGGUUAGUUAAAAUAAAGAAUUUGUGAAUGACCUUUUGAAUGGCUUGUUCACGGUGAACAGGACCGCGUCUGUGCUGAAACCGCAGUGAGGCAUCGCUUUAGGUUUUUAUCAGAUUUACGCACUGCCCCUUUAAAACCCAGAUCUUGGCAGCUCUGCGAUCGUGUCCGGCUUCUCCCGAACGCCACGACGAGACCGCGCGAGGUGUCGAGCGCUCUCGAAGCAGCAGGCUUGUGUGAGUGAGUUGUUUUUCUGUACGUCUGAUGCAGCUUGGUAUCCAAAGCUUGAGCUACUUAAAGAUUCAGCAGUAAAAAGAAAUAAAUGCUUCCACUGGAUCGAUUUGACAGUUGCCAAAACAAACAUUUCCUCUCUUGUGAUAAAACUAUAAGUAAAGGACUUUAUUUAAAUGUACUGUAGACUGUGUACAUAUUAUUUAUCACAAGGAUUUCCUGUUAAUUAAUAUUUGAAAAAGAAGUGAUGAGUUAUGUAUUUGUAUUUGUAUAUUUCACCAUAAAACGCUCACAACUUUAACACCUGUUCUUCAUAAUCCACAAUAUCAUAUGUGAUUAAAAUAAAUAAAUGUUCACGUAUCUCAACACUAAGGGCAGCUUGGUGAAGUAAUAACACACACACACACACAUAUAUAUCAGCUUUUGUUGUGUAUUAUUUCUCCUCUUGGCUAAAAUCUGUAAAACAGUAGAGCAACAAACAUUUCUUACAUUCCUGAUAUUAAAUCAGUUCGGUUGAAUCUGGAAGAGCUGCUGAAAUCAGUCGGCCAUCGCGCUGCAGAGACGUCGACGUCUGAAACACAAAAGCAAUAAAAACCAAACCGGCUGCUUCCCGACAGAAUCUGCACUUUAAAAACUUCUAUCCUUGUUUUGGCAACUGAGAAAAUCUUAAAUCACCUUUAAUCCGAACUGAGAGAACAGAGCUUGAAAAUGUGACGCUGGUGUAAAUGUGGUGAACUGAGCAUUUCCUGCUGAACGUAAAGCAGCGUUGUUUUCUAACGUCUCUCUUGUGUGUGUAUAUAAACGGCCUGUACUCACAUUUUUGUACUUUUCUGACUGGGAGGAAAUUUAUUUUUUAUGUGACUUCUUUUCAUUUUUGUUGAAACUUCGAUGUAACAAAACCUUUUGUAACUCUUUGUGAACCUUUUGUGUAAUUUGUUGUACAGCAACUCAAAUUUACAUGCAUGAAAAGUCCCUUUAAUGUCGCCUAAACUGCUGUGAAUACUGUAAAUACUGCACUGUAUUUCUUAUCACUUUAUCAGUAAAGACCUCAGCUGUCAAAACAAA